AUGACCAAGGAGAAGCUCCGCGCCAACCUGCGUGGCCUCAAGGCCAGGGUCAUCGACACGUCGGCGCUCAUCGCGCGCCACGUCGAGCUCAAGGCGCAGCUUGAGGCGGCAGUCGCCGAGCGGCGCCGCAUGGGCGAGGAGAAGGCGGCGGCGGAGAGCACGGCGGCGCUGCGCUCGGCGGCGGAGGCCGCGGUCAAGCAGCAGCUCGAGGCGGCGCGCGGCGAGGUCCAGCAGCACAAGACGGAGAGCGCGCGGCUGCGCACGCGCCUCUCCGACCUCGAGGCGGUGCUGCUGAGCGAGCGCUCGGCGGCGUCGAGCGCGUCGCAGGCGGCGGUGAAG